AUGCAGAGCCUACAGACAGGACUGGGGCACGUCUUUGCUUGUUCUUUGUACAGAGCACAUGACUACGCCUAUUGUGAAGAUUCCCUGUUCCCAAAGCUGCAUAGGAUCAUGACAGAGCAAUGGUCCAUAUACUCCAAACCAGUCCCAGCAGAUGGCCGGGAGCUGUGGACCCUAUUUCUGCAGUGCUCCUGCAUCACCGCGCUGCUCGGAGGUCUCUUCUACAACUGGCUCCUUGCAUCCCUGGAGUACCCGCGGCACAUCUCCAUCGCGAUGGCCAUCACCUUCAGCCUGCUCCUCCUCCUCGCCCUGUUCUUGGUGCACCCUGUGCGCUGUGCCUUCAGCAUUGCCAUGCCGACCUUGGGAACCAAGCAGGGCCAGAAGCUCCUCUUGUCAGCCUGCAUCAUGAUAGUGGUGGUUAACAUCACCCCCAACAUCAUCAGCAACAUCAAGACCCUACUGCAAGUCAUCCUGUGCAUCUCCAAGAAUUCCUCCGAGAGCCUUUUGAACUCCACUGCUCUGCUGGAGAACGCUUCCCGGAAGCUGGGGGAUGAAAUGCAAAAUUACGCUAUUUUGAGGCCCAUGGAUGGACAUUUCCAGUUUUCACUGAUGAAGAACAGCUCCUUGAUUAACCAGCAGGUGCACCUCACUGGUGAGAAAGCCAGGAGGGAUUUUUUGUCUGUCGAGGUGCUGGUCAAAGAUUGCGUGCGAGCGGGCAACAGACUGGUGGCUGCCUUCUCCGUGCUCUUCCUCUGCUUUGAGUCUGCCUGGUACUUGAAGAAUUACCUCACCAACCUCCGCUUCGACAACGUUUACAUCACCAAGAAGCUGCAGCGUUUGGCUGAGGAUGGAGGAGCUGCCCACUUGUUGGUGGGCUCACCCCACCACCUCAUCCGCCCCACGGGCCUCAGGCUGUCCCGCGAGGAGCUGACACUGUGCCUGGCCCAGGCACUGCGCCCCUCAGUGGCCCUGCUGCUGGUGCUGGUGGUGGUGGCCUUGGAGCACCUCGUCUUUGGCGUGGCGGAUACGGUGGUGAGGAGGAUGGCUCAGCUCUCCACAGUGCCUGUCACGCUCAGCAUCAAAUACCAGGCUGGAAUAGACAUCUUGAAAAUCCCAGUUCCCCUGAGGGACUUUAAUAGGAGCUACCGCCACUCCCUGACCUUCAGCUCUGCCCGCUGCGGGAUCAGCUCCCCAGUACCCCCCAACCCCUCCGUGCUGCUGGCUGUGGGGCUGCUCUUCUGCAUUAUCUAUGCCACCGUGUUUCUGGAAACCUACGCACGCCGCCUGUGCAGGAAAAUCGCUGCUUCCUUCUUUGAGAGCCGGGAGGAGGAGCGGGCACAUUACCUCUAUGGCAAGCUGUCCCGGCAGUGCAACGAGACACAACGUGGCUGA